AAAGAAGCUUCGGAUCGAUUUGGGAGAUACAAGAAGAGAUACACCACCCUCUCUCUCCGACUCUCCCUCAUGGAUCCUAAUUCUUCUCUAUCUCGCGGAUAUAUGCAUGAUGUCUUCCCCAGUUUCUGCGGUCAAGACGUUCGCAAAACCUUUCUCAGCCACUUUCUUGAAGGGCUGAAAAGAGAGGGAAUAAACACCUUCAUAGACAAUGGGAUCCCGAGGAGCGAAUCUAUUAACUCCGAGCUCGUUAGAGCUAUCAAGGAAGCAAGGAUUGCUAUCGUUAUUCUCUCAAAGAACUACGCCUCUUCAAGUUGGUGUCUGAACGAACUGCAGUUGAUCAUGGAGUGCAGGUUAACUUUAGGACAGACUGUUAUGACAAUCUUCUACGAAGUGGAUCCGUCAGAUGUAAGAAAACAGACCGGAGAUUUCGGGAAGGCCUUUGAAGAAACUUGUGAUGGGAAGACAGAGGAAGAAAAACAGAGAUGGAGACAAGCUUUGACUCAAGUUGCGGUUAUUGCCGGAGAACAUUCUGUUUCAUGGGCUAGUGAAGCAGAGAUGAUGUCGAAAAUUGUCAUGGAUGUUUCUAACGAGUUGCCAUCAUGUAGCAAAGGUGAAAUCUAUGAUGUGCUUAGAGUCUGACGAGGUGAAGGUUGUGGGGAAUGGGGACCUGCUGGUAUUGGCAAAACCACUAUAGCUAGAGCCUUAUACAAAGAAGUGUCGUGUAACUUCCAGCUCAAGUAUUAUAAGGAGAAUGUUGAGGGAAAGUAUAAGACGAUCCAGUUUGACAAGCAUUACUUGCAAAACUAUUUGGAAAACGAGAUAAACU